CCGCAAAAACACACAAGCAAGAAGCAAGCCAAGCACACAGAACUUUCGCUUGCUUGGCUAUCUCUCGCAUCACACCAACAACCACCAAACAACAAGCAACAAGCAAAGAAGAAAGAAAAGCAAAAACAAGGAAGGAACACCCUCCUGUCUCGCGUGCUUUGCUUGCCUUGGCUCGCUUUGCCAGUUCACCACGACAGACAGACAGGCAGCAGCACACUUGCUCCGUUCUUGGUUGUUUGUUUGUUGUUCGUUUCCCUCGACACAGCAAGCCAACCAAGCCCUUUGCCUGACUUCCUUCGGUCAGCUUGGUUCACACCCCAAAAAAAGAAGCAAGACGCAGAGAGGCAAGAAAGAAGAGCCACCUCGGCCGCUGCACAUCUUCAUCAUCAUCUUCUGCUCCUUCUUCUUCUUCUUCUUCUUCUUCCACCUUUCUGCCUUUGCUCGAUCGACCUUGUGCGCUGGCAUUGCACGAGUGAUCAGCAGUUAUUAAUUGCUCCGCAGCAGUUGCAAGCAAGUUGUCGCCAAUCCAUCCGCACACCACCCCCAAGCAAGCCACCGACACCUCCCACCAACCAAGCCAAGCCAACCCUCUGGCCGCGGUUGCUCGAUGGCUGACUUUCUGCGACGAACCGGUUCGUUUGUAAAGCGGCACACGCUGGGCAGGUACGAUCAAGCAGCAGAGGAACCCCAGCGCAAGAAGGGCGACCGAAAGGACAAGGCAGCACCGCCGCUGCCAGAGGCGCCAGAGACAGAGGCCGAGGAAACCCACCAACACGAGCAGCAGCAGUACCAGCGAAGAAUAGAGGAGGAGGAACAACAGCAGCAACAGCAGCAAGAAGAAGAAGAACAAGAGGAAGAAGCCGCCGUUGACCAGGACGGAGACGACACGGAGGUCGAAGAGGACCUGCACCACCAACGCACGCCUCCGCUUCACGAAGGAGCCCACUCCACAGCAGAGGCAGCCCACACUACCAACACCACCGUAAACAGCAGCAUGCGGCCAGCCCACGCCUCCGACCUGACUGCCGCCCAUCCCGACAGUGACGAGCAGUGCGGUGCCAGCCGCGCCUCCGUCCAAGACAGCGCCAUUGACGCCAUUGACGCUGAUGUUGCCCCCAACAACCCUGCCACCGCUACCACCGACCCAGACACCACCAUCAUGCCGGGUGCCGCCGACGGGCACGCGCCACCACCCGUGCCCUCUGACGCAGACCGCACACCGUCCCCGCACACGUGUGCGGGCGGCCGUGGGAGCAGCCGUCGCCGUGUGCGCGCAGCAUCGGCGCUGUCUGAGCGCACGGGAACGGUCGUGCACCUUCCCGCCGCAACCACCCGCGCUACAUUCAUGAAGCACAAGCGCAGCAUAUCCGACGUUGUGUCUGGGUCGUUUAUGACGGACCGGCACUCGCCGGACGCGCUGUCAGAUGGAACCGCCUCUGACAGCGGCGACGAAGACGUGAUGCCGUGCAGGGAGGGCGUGAUGGCCAAGUGGACAAACUACAUCCACGGCUGGCAAGACCGCUACGUCGUCCUGCAGAAGGGCAUUCUCUCCUACUUCAAAUCCGCUGACGACAAGCAGAAGUUUUGCAGAGGCACUGUGGACGUGGUACAAGCGCGCGUGAAGCCGCACCCGUACGACCAGCUGCGGUUUGAUGUCAUCUUGAAGGACCACGCCUACUACCUCCGCGCUUCCUCCACAGAGGAGCGUGGCGAGUGGGUCAAGUCUCUCCAGGAGACCCAGCGGAUGCGCGCGAAAGGCCUGACGCGGCGGCCGUCGUCCAUGUCGCUCACCUCCAUCUCCUCCGGAACUUCGGGCCACUCCUACACUCGCUCCGUCACAGACAAGUACAUGGAGUCAAAGGCCCUCCACGACGCAUUUGUCGGCCAGAUUGACCAGCUGCAGCGGGCGCUCGCGUCGCUGGAGACGGCGGACGUUGGCGAUCUGCAGCGCGACGCCGCGCUCGUCAAGUCCACGUCGUCCGGUCUCCUCCGCGCAAUGACCGAGUGGAUGGACGUCAUGUCCAGGCGUGAAGAGGAGUGGCAGCGCAAGUACGAGCGCCUGAGCGAGAAGAAGCGGAAGCUUGAGCUUGAGGUCCGCAGCUCGCGCGACAUGGCCCCGCAGCCCUUUCCAAACAACCCAGACCUCGAGGAGGGCCCCCACAGCAUGCUGAACGACGAGGAGUUUUUCGAUGCGCUCGAGAUUGGGCUGGACCAGCUGGAGGCCGAAGAGGAGGAGGAGCGCAGAGAGCGCGAACUUGAGGCCCAACGCGUGGCGAACAAGCCAGCGCCCGGCUCUGUCAUGUCGCACCAGUUUUCGUCGCUGCUCGAGGGAAAGCUGAAGGAAAAUUUGAAAUUGGCAGACGAGCCUGUCGAGGAGAUGUGGCUGCUCACCCACGAGGAGGGCCAGAUGACGGUGUACACGCGCAACGAAGAGGCCGCUGGGGAGACGACGGACCAGCUCAAGGCAUUCCACUUCAUCCCGGGCCUCACUGGCCGCGAAGUCUGCUCCUACUUCUUCGACACAGACCUCAGGCUUGAGUGGGAACACACGGUUGAGAAGUUCUUUGUGCUGGAGUGGCUGGACAACAACACGAACGUGUGCCACAACAUCCACAAGCGUGUCUGGCCCACGGCGCAGCGCGAUUCAUGCAUCCUCUCUCACAUGCGCCAACUCAACACCAACCGGUGGAUGGUGCAGAACACGUCUGUGGACCACGACGACGCCCCCGCCAACAAGUAUGUCCGCCUCACAGCCAACGUGCUGCUCAUGGCAGAGACGCAGGUACCCGCCAGCGCCGACAAGAGCAAGCUGACGCGCGCAGACAUUGGCGCGAAGCUGACGUACCUGGCCUAUGUCCACCCGGGCGGCUGGGCCCCGGCCUCUGUCGUCAAGGCGGUGUCGAAGCGGGAGUAUCCAAAGUUCCUGAGCAAUUUGGAGACGCACAGCCUCAAGCAUUUCUCAUCACAGCCCAUCUUGUGGUGAAGCAUGCUGCCUCGCGCCUAACAGCCCACAUUGCGCACGGCGCUGCGUUGCUUACUUCUCUUCGUCUGUUGUUGUUUCUGUAGCUCUUAUGUUUGUGCUGUUCCUGCUGCCAUCUCUUCUUACCGUGUGAAUCCUUGCCCUUGGUCUGCACUGCGAGGUCAGAUGUUACUCUUCCGCCAACUUGCUUCCCCCUUUCAUCCACACCAAACGCCCAACACACAACACCACUCGCAACACAACUUUCAUCACCCACAACACGCAUCCACACACGCAUGCGCGCCACCCUCCUCUGUUGCUUUUGUUAUCCUCAAUUGUGUAUCCAUUAUUCCCCGUCCGUCUUGGGCGCUGGUGCUUCUCCCUUCAGCUGUGGUUGCAUCUGUUUAUUUCUGAUGAUGUUUUUUGAUUGUCACGAAAACGGAACGAGGGCGGCCGGUUGUUCCGUCUCCCUCUGUGUUGUUCCUUCUCUGCUGUCCACACUGCACCUCUCCUGACUCCUCCAAAACACACAUACGCACACCCGCACAAACACACCGUACCGUUGCUGUGUCAUCAGCAAGUCCUUUCGUUGCCUUCCACUGAUGUUAACGUGUUUGGUGUGUCCCAAUUCGUUCUCCCUCCCAUUGCCGCCGCGGUUGCCAGUGCGUCCGCUCAUACCCAGGGGCAUUCGUAGAUGAUGAUGGCUUGGUCGUCGGAGCCAGACGCAAUGCACUUGCCCGUGUGGUCAAACGACACUGCCCACACCUGUAGAAGCCACCGCCCGCGGUGCUGGCAUGUGAGCUUGUGCAUGCAAAGGAUGUGCUUGUCUAUCAUUAUCCUUCGUGUUGCUGUUGUUGCUUCCACUCUUCAGUUGAUUGUAGGUCCCUGUUCUCCUCCUCCUCCUCCUCCUCCUCCUUCAUGUAAAUAUCCCCAAUAAAUCACCACCCCCA